ACAUAUUUUUAUUUUAUUCAACUUAUACUUAUAAUAAAUAAUAAUAAUAAUUGUAUAUUUUAUUUAAUAUAUUCCAAACGCAAUUAAUGCAUUGUUUACUAAACCAAUACUGUAAUUUAAUACAUAUACAUUUUUAAUUUUUAAGUGAUUAAAUAAGUUUUACACGUAUUAUAUUAGAUCAGUUACCAAUACACUGAGUUUAUAUAGUGUUAUGAUGGGCGAUGUGACUGCUGAAAGUCCUCCUGCUGAUGAUUUAAACAACUCUGGUUCUUCUUCUUCAUCAUCAUCCGAUUCUGAUGGCGAAUCAAGUAGUUCAUGUACCAGUUCUAGUUCUUCUUCUUGCUCUGAAACACCUAACAACCAGUGCAAAAAUUCUAGUUUUCCUAAUUGUGAUAAUGAUGCUCCACAGUCGAAUGGUCAAUCUGAAUGGAUAGUUUGUCAGCUUUGCCUUUACAAGGUGAAAACACCUUUACAAUUAAAACAACAUAUGCGAAUGCACACUGAACAUAAAAUACAUCGUUGUGCCAUCUGUAAUAAAACAUUUGAACAAGCUACUCGACUAGAAAAACAUAUAGCCAUACACUGUGGUACAGAUAAUCGUUUUGAAUGUUCACUUUGUGGCAAAGUGUAUAAACUUAGAACUCAAAUUGUCAGCCACAUAGCAGCACACAAAAAACAAAACGCUGGACGUCGUAUUUCAUAUACAUGUCAAAUUUGCACAAAAAAAUUUUCAAAUAAGUCAAAACUGAAGGAACAUGUAUCAGGACAUGAAAAUGGGACAUUACAUUCAUGUGAUGUUUGUGGGCGAACUUUUAAAUUAAAUUCAUAUCUUGUUGUACACAAAAGAACACAUGAGAUGAGUGUAUCUUAUACAGGUGAUAAACCAUUCACCUGUUCAAUGUGUAACAAGUCAUUUUUGAGCAAAAGUAACCUAGACCUACACAUGUUGGUUCAUAAUUACGUUAAAAAAGCAUCAUAUAGCUGUGACAUAUGUGGAAAAAUAUUUAUGCGUAAAUAUAACUAUGAUGCUCAUGUUAAAAUACAUCAAUAGUUAGUAAGUUUUUACCAUUAUAAUUAACAGUUAUUAUUAUAACAUAAUUCUCCAAAAGUCCUAAAACCAUUAUUAUUUAAAAGUGUUUGUGAAUUUUUAUUUUGAAAACUAAGAGCAUUAUUUUUUAAAUACAUAAACUCAAUAAAGUAUAUAUUUAAUGAUGGCUUCUUGAACUAUUGUUUUAGUAAUUUUAUUAAAAAUUAAAUUAUCAUAUCAUUAUUUUCCAUUACUACAAUUUUUAUAAAAUAAAAUUGGAUGAUAAAGAAUCUGUUCGUUAUAAAUAAACAAUUUUUUCUGUUAAAUGAAGAUAGUAAUUUACCAGGUUUAAAACUCUUGAUUUCCAUUGUGACCAUAAAAUAUUUAUAAUUGUUUUCUUAGUAUUUAUUAUUGAUUUUACAUACUCUUUUAUUCAUACAAAAAAAAAAAAUAAUAAUAUUGUUCAACAAAUGUGUAUUUCAUAAAUAAUGUAUAAAUCCAGUAUGUAUCCAAGUAACUAGAGUAACUAUGUUCCAAUAUAUUAAUUUAAGUCCGUUUAUAUUAUGUAUAUAGUGAAAACUUAAACCGUACAAAACCAUAGUUUAUUUAAAUGUUUUAUUAUUUAUUUAUUUUAUUUUAACGUGUAUUAUAAAUUGUAUUUAAUUGUGUAUUUUAAUAUAGAGAAUAAACUUUUGUUCUUGAUUAUAAUCAGAUUUUAAAUAAAUAGCAUUGAUAAGGAUCAUAUUAGGCAGAUAAUUUUUUUGUAAUUAUAUAAACUUCUAGAAAAAUAAUGUAAUGAUUUUACUAUUUUAGAAUAACUUGUAUUUCUUUUUUAUAUUGUAAUAUGUUUAUAAUCAUUCCAAGACAAAAUGUCUAUUGAAAUUAUAUUAUACUAAUUAUUGUGUAUUUUCUGAAGUGUUCUAUAUAAUAUAUUUUAUGUAUAUCACUAAAAUAUACAAAUUAUAAUAUUGUAUAUACUACCAAAUUUUGAAAAUCUUAAUUUUUGAUAUAAUGAUAUGAAAUAUUUAUUCAUUUAUUUUAUAAAAAAAAAACAAUUGUGUUCAAAUUUUAAAAUUACAUUGCUUUUUAUUUUUAUUAAUAAUCAAAUAUUAAAAAAAAAAUGAAAAACAAAAUUGAGAUUACGAUAAGAUUUAUUACAUACUGGAGGUAAUGUAUUUUAUUUUUUCUUACCAAUGAAUAGAUCAUUUUCUAUUUGAAUGUAACUUUAAAUAAACUAAAAUAUCUACUCAAUAUAACUAUUAGCAGUAAUAUUCUCUUAUAAUAAUAUGAUUAUUUAGUAUCAUUGUUAACUAAAAAAUAAUGGAUAAAUAAUUUCUAUGUAAUUUAUUUUCAUGUUGUGUUUUGAAUUUAUUCACAAGUAAGAGUAUAGCUACAAUUUAAUUGUUUAUUGAUAGUACAUACCAUGUUAAUAUUACUGUAAUGUUUGAUAUCAAAAAUAAUUUUACACAUCUUGUGAAUCAGAUUUAAUUGAUCAAACCAUGAUUGAUAAAAAAUGCGUAUAUGUAUUGAAUUGGUGUCUUUUGUUUCACUUAAUGAUUUUUAUUUAAAAUUUUGAAAUUUUGUGCUAGUAGUUUAUAGAUAAAUGAAAAAUACGAGCAUGAUGUUUAAUAAUAUACGUAUAUGUACAUUUUUCAAUUAAUAACUAAAAAAUGAUCAUAUUUUAUUUUCAGUCUGUAUAUUUAUACAACUAUAAUGUAUAGUUCCUUAGUGAUAAAAAAAAACUAUGUAAUUUACUUUUGUGGCAUUUCUAAUUUAAUUUGUUCCAAAAAUUAAGUUUAUUUUCAAUAUUUUCAUACUUAAUUUAUAGACAUGAGUGAUGUGUACUCAAUAUUUUUUGUUAAUAAGGACCUAAUUUUUAUUAUCAAUAGAUACCAUACCAAUUAAUAAUAGAUUUUAUAACAUAAAUGUUUUAUGUUGAAAUUUUUAUUAUUUUAAUGUGUUGUUUUUUUUCUUGCCAUUGCAUUUGUUCUGUUAAAAAUUUACAUUUUUUUUUAACUUAUAAAUUGUCUAUAGGUGCAUGAUAAUAAUUUUUAAUUUAUUAUAAACCUACUUAUUUUCAUCAUCACUACCUAUGUAAAUAUUAUAGAUUUUUGUGAACUAUAUACCUACCUACCAAAUA